AUGGAGGAGGCGCUGCUGUCCACCCCCAUCAACCCCAACAACUUCCCCGCCAAACUGUGGCGGCUGGUGAACAGCCCCCGGUACCGCUCGAUCCGCUGGGACGGCCGCGGCGAGGGGCUGCUCAUCGACCAGCCGCUCUUCGAGGCCGAGCUGCUCAGCCCGCCCGUGGCGGGGGCCGGCGGCUGCAUCGGCGGCGUCGGGGGCGCCGGAGCCGAGCCCGAGCUCUUCAAAACCACCAACUUCACCAGCUUCAUCCGGCAGCUCAACCUCUACGGCUUCCGCAAGGUGGUGCUGGGCGGGCCGGGCGCAGCGGGGCCCGAGCCGGGGCCGGGGGGCGGCGGGCCGGCGGGCGACGGGGCCCUCCACCACUUCCACAGCCCACACUUCCGCCGCGACCAGCCGCAGCUGCUCGUGCACCUCAAGAGGCUCACCAGCGCCAACAAGGCCAAACUGGCGGCCGGCCUGGAGGUGCCCUGCCGGCCGCCCAACCGCUUCCAGAGGCUCCUCAUCACGUCGGCCUCCGCCUCGGCCUCGGCCGCCACCUCCCCGCUGCCACAUCAGGAGCCGCCGCCGCCGCCGCCCGCGGGGUCCCGGCCUGAGCCGCACGGACCAGUGGCUGUAGGACAAUUCCACCGGUCCAUCCGGCGAGAUAGUUUGUCUCCUUACUCCUACGUAUCAGCUUCAUCCCACAACCACGGUACUUUCCCUCUGAAAGGUUUAGAUUGGACCCCGAUUCCUCCUAGAACAUGGCAGAACUCUCUUGGAAUGAAGCCAGGACAAGUGGAAACGUCUCCCACUUUUUCAGAUAAAGGGGUUCCGUUUCCUGUACUACAGAGGUUUCCAACUGAGGUUACAUGUACCCUGCAGCCCAGUGCCACAUCCGUACAUGUUCAGCAAGGUCCUCAAACAAUGGUCAGCUCCUCCCAAAAAUAUAGUAACUACACACCCUCAGCGCAGUACUCCCAAGCCUACUAUCCAACAGCUGUGCUGCAGUGCUGCUCUCCGUCUACCCACCUGGAUGCGCUCAGUAGUUGUGUGACUCCCACUGCCCCUUCCUAUGCACACUGCAACUACUUCCAGAAUCCUCCAGUGCAAUCUUCCUAUCCAGUUGAAUUUCUGGCUUCUAAUUGGCCUUGCGGUGCUACUGAUGAAAAUAAAAAGACAGAAGUAAACCUAGAGGCUGUUUUUCAGAUAGUAGAUGAGUUGCAUUCCUCCCCUAAAUUGGAGAUGGUAAAGGUGGAGCCUGUUGAGAAUCAGUGCUCAACAUCUCAGUCUAACAACAGAGGCCACCAUAUCCUAGCUAAUUCAAGCAACAGCAAUCCAUCUUCCACAAGUCAGGCUAGCCAGCUGGAGCCACUUACGGCUGUAGGCUCAGAUAUUACAUCUUUUGUGGUUGGAACAGAACAAGCAAUUACCUGCUCUCUACCACAGUCACCUGAGUACAUCUAUACCAUCCACACAGCUCAGCCUGUUGAAAAUACUACAGUGCAGGAGCCUGCAGCCACCCAGCAAGCUCAUGUCAAACUGAAGGAGCAGCUAAGUCAUAAUCCAUCUCCGUCUUCAGUAGUAUUUGGGCAGGAAGGUCUACCGUUCAGCACACACCAGGUGGAUGCCAGUAUAAAAUGCCAGAUCAAAACACCUGAGAAUAUCUUGCCUUCAGAACAGAUGGGAUUCCUUAUUUCAGAAAUGGGGCCUGCUAGCAAGCCUAGUAAAGACACAGGUUUAUCCACUCCAACUAGAUACAGAGAGCGAAGAAGCAACUCACAGCAAGGAAAGUCCCCUGAUCUUCAUCUGCUGGUGGAUGUGGCCUGCAAGCAGGAGCACUUUCCACAGGAGGAAGAAUUAAAAGAGUGA